UUCAAUUAAAUGCAAAUAGUCAUCGGGUGGCAGCACCCCCAUACCCCCAUAGGCCAGUAAGUAGCGCAGCGGAAGCCCACGCUCGAGUGUUCAUCGUUUGUCGAGGAAUUUUGAAGAUUUUUGGCGAAUGAAAAGUGGUGACUGAUCGGCCACCAUCGUUACAAAGCUGCAUAAUAGGCGUUCGCACCAAUCGCACCGAUAAGGCACCUCAUACCGAUGACCCUCUCCGUGUGAAGUGAAAAAAUAGUUACAUCCCAGCAUCUUAACCUCGCUCGGUGAGAUCGUGCGAUUUGCGGUGAGCUGCACAUUCGUGAUCUCACACGGCUUUCCUCAGCAGCGCGCUGCCGAUCUCCAGUUCAAAGGGAAAAGGAAAUUCCUUUAGAUCCGAUUGUUGACCGUCGUGUGUCGUCAUCAAGUACAGCGUAUCGCUUGUAUUUCGAUCCUUUUGACCACUCUGUGUGUUUGUGUGUACGUGUUUGGGAGGAUCUACAUCCGCCAAAUGGCAUUGUAAAAAGAAAACGAAAAAUAUUGCUCCAGUGUCCGAUAACGUCACACCCUUUACAGCAGCACCGAAAGCGAGUCCAAAGAGGACCCCACCAAAGCGGACCACAUAUUAGCGCGGAAAGAAAGGGUGGCGCAGGGCGGAAGGAAGGAAGAGAAAAAGGCGAAUAAUCGACAUUGACGAUAGUGAUGAAGUGAUACGGACGGUGGCCUAAUCGCUAUUGUGUAGGCGUGCGUGCGUGUGUGCGUGUUGACUGUGUGCUUGCAUUUACGAGUGUGUGAGUGGAUCACGCAUCCGCUCUGGAUAGAGCAGUGCACCAACGCUCCCAUCGACCGGACACAAGUGAGGAAUCGCCCCUCUCCCCAACAUACAUUAGCCUGCAGCAAGUGCUCUCGGGAAGGGUGCGCGAUCAGCGAAAAUAGUGACACGAUUGUGCGACUGUGCCACUACCCUUUGAUCGCUGUGUAAACACAAACACAAGCACGAGGGCGAACAUCGAGUGCAGGCCGACUCUAAUUGAUCGUCGGAGAACUUCCAGCGGGUCUGCUAACAAGCAUUGCGUGCGUGCGUGCGUUCGUGCGUCCAGCAUCGUCAUCGGCAACAACGUUCGAACCCCACCAGCGCCAGAGAGAGCACGAGCUUGAAGCUAUUCACUGAGCGUUGCGAGCAUCGCAACGAUCGUCAUCUAAGCGAUCUCCCGCCGUCCAGUUGGAAGCGAACGGAACGCAUCGUCCAACCCUCUACGAUCACUAGCAACGAUGAAUGAACUCGAAGCCCUGCGUACGGAGGCGGAAACGCUGAAAAAUGCGAUCCGCGAUGCACGAAAAGCGGUGUGCGAUACGUCGAUGGUGCAGGCCACGGCCCAACUGGAGGCGGUCGGGCGGAUUCAACUGCGCACUCGCCGGACUCUGCGCGGUCAUCUGGCAAAGAUCUAUGCGAUGCACUGGGGCAGCGACUCACGAUACCUGGUGUCGGCCUCGCAGGACGGCAAGCUGAUCGUGUGGGACUCGCACACCACCAACAAGGUGCACGCCAUCCCGCUGCGCUCGUCCUGGGUGAUGACGUGCGCGUACGCCCCGUCCGGUAACUAUGUUGCCUGUGGCGGCCUGGACAACAUCUGCUCGAUCUACAAUCUAAAGACACGCGAGGGCAACGUUCGCAUUGCGCGGGAACUUGGGGGCCACACGGGCUAUCUGUCCUGCUGUCGCUUUCUGGACGACAACCAAAUCGUGACCAGCUCGGGUGACAUGUCGUGUGCGCUGUGGGACAUCGAGACGGGCCAGCAGACUACCUCUUUCCAGGGGCACACCGGUGACGUGAUGGCCCUGUCAUUGGCCCCGCAGGGGAAAACGUUCGUGUCCGGGGCCUGUGAUGCGAAGGCAAAGCUGUGGGACAUCCGCGAGGGCCAGUGCAAGCAGACAUUCCCGGGCCACGAGAGUGACAUUAAUGCGGUGGCCUUCUUUCCGAACGGAUUUGCGUUUGCGACAGGUUCGGACGAUGCCACCUGCCGGCUGUUCGACAUCCGGGCCGACCAGGAGUUUGCGAUGUACUCGCACGACAACAUCAUCUGCGGCAUCACGUCGGUCGCGUUCUCCAAGUCCGGCCGGCUGUUGUUGGCCGGCUACGACGACUUCAACUGCAACGUCUGGGAUACGAUGAAGGCAGAACGGGCCGGCAUCCUGGCCGGCCACGACAAUCGGGUGUCGUGUUUAGGCGUCACGGAGAACGGUAUGGCCGUGGCGACUGGUUCCUGGGACUCAUUCCUGCGUGUAUGGAAUUAGGAAGGUAAGAGUCGGACGGAAUUAUAAGUUGCACGAGAAUCGCAGUGUUUAGUGCAAAAGGAUAAUUACCAGAGCCAAACUGGAGGUGAAGCUCCUUCCAUAGGGAGGUAAGAUGUUUCAUUUUCGGUCAUUGUCUUUUUAAAAUAUAUUUUUGUAAAAUCGUUAACUCCCACCGUGAUCGUGCGCACAAGCCUUGUACCAUGCAGUGAUCACAAUCAUUUGAUGUGACCAAAACAGUUCAUUUGACGAUCAAGUGAUUUUCGCGCAGUAAUUGAGACAAUACUGAUUCGGAUUAUGCGCUGCACAAAGUUAUGUACGGACUAAGCUGUUCUCAACUGCUGUGUUGUGACACUUCAUUAGAAAGGUGAAGUGAGACAGUUGCCGAUGUGGGGCAGGUAAGGUGUUUACGAGACCGCUGAGGCCUUCCAUAGCGGAAACUCAAACAAUUUCUAACUAUCCGUUUGGCCGUGGCAGGCAGAAUUUGUUCAUUUUUAAACCCUCCUUUGCAUGAUCCUGUUUGUGUCAGUAUCGCGUGUUGAGUAAAUAUUGUCCCGUGUAAGAAAAAGAAAUCUGUUUAGAAAGGCGAAAGAUGGCACAUGUGCUCUACAUGUUCGUAAGAUAGCAUUUAAGUUUUAUGAUUUCCGAUUUGAUUUUCGUCAGUCAUAAUUGUUCUCCGAUAACUAGGAGUCUCCAUACGGCCCAAAAUCGUUAGAAGGAAGGAACGAUCGUUCCUUAAGAUCGAAAACGUUUUACAUUCUUUUAGGCCAAACAAAGACCAUCGAAGAGGCGCAGCUUGUCUAUAUUUACAUUGCAUAGAAAUGAAGAAAAACUAAUUUAUAUCGUGGCAUUACCUUUUAUUGACUAGCAGUCAUCUAUAGGGCGAAAGCAUCGCGUAGAUUGAGGAAAACGAUCAACGAGGAUCAGAGAAAAAUAUCACAUAUCAACAUAUCGUGCACCUACACGUCAUUUUCGUUUCAUUUAUUUAAAAAAAUACAGUUUACAAUCCUGUUAAAUUAAACGGCGAUGGGAGCAAAAAUGGGACAUGAAGUGGCCACGCACGACCACAUCCACAAGCACACAGCAGCACAUGUAAUAGGGCAAAGUUAAAACUGCAAAAAUACUGUACCGAAUUAGGAGGACAUCGUCAGCUGAUAUAGGAUUGAUGGAGGGAAUAUUGUAGCUAUAGCGCAUACCAAGUUAAUUAAUAAAUUACGCGUGUUGAAACGAACAGCGUCGCAGGGCCACGAAAGGGCGACGAAACGGUAUCAAACGGCAAGGCGUUUGUGCGUUUACUACGGUGAGGAGACGGUCGCCGACAGUAGGAACGUUGUUAAUGGACCAUUGCGGAUUUCGUUGUUAGAUGAAAUUUCGUUUUAAAUUCAUGAAUAAAGUCUCAUAUUAUGUAU